UAAGCUUGGCCGCCGGGGGAUACGCACGCAGAAUUUUUUGCUGUCCGAGAUGAAGAUGCUCCUGUUUCUUGCCUUGGCGCUACACAGCUGCGUGGCUUCUCCAGCGAGUCAUAGUUUAGACCGCAGUGAUAUCACGCUUGCAGUGAACGUGGCACUGAAAGCAUACCUAGCCACAGUCACUGAUCCUGUGGCGCUGAAUCCACACAUUGAGUACAAGAUCGACGCACCGCUAGUUGCAGAUGUCCUCCUGACGAUGGACGGGGCAACCCUCGCCGGCGUGAAGGGCAUCGAGGCCGAGAACUGCCUCCUGACGGGCACCGGUACCCAGGACAUCAGCCUCAACUUCAGGGCGGCCGAACUGACGCUCACGAUGCCCGCCUACAGUAUGAACGGGACAGUGGUCGAUCACAUUCCGUUGCAGGGCGAGGGGCAGGCCAGCAUCGUGGUCGAGGACCUGGUAGCCAGUCUCGUCGGCAAAGGAACGGCUACUAUUUCUCCUUUCAACGUCCAGUUCACCGAAAUUGCGUUGGAUCUCGAACUUUUCCGAUGGACGGUGGAUUUCCAAGACCUCGCACCUGGCACUGACCUUGGCACUGUCUUCAACCAGUUCUUCAGCAUGUGUGGCCCCGAGAUCUUUGACAUUCUCGAAAUCAGGCUGAAUGAGGGAGACGGCCUUCUGAAUUUCAUCAAUGGAAUCUUCAAGCCUUAGAUGGUUUAAAAGGGGGAAAAAAAUAGAGAAAAGAUAAAUGAAUCUUCAAACUUUAGAUAAUAAUAAAAAAAAAAAAAAAAUCAAUCUUCAAACCUUAGAUAAUAAUGUUUAAAAAAUGAAAUUUCACACCUUAGACGAUGAAAAAUAAAAAUCAAUCUUCAAAACUUAGAUAAUAAAAAAUAAAAAAAAGGAAAUUUCAAACCUUAGAUAACGAAAGAAAAAAAAGAAAUUUGAGUGAUUCAUUUCCAGAAUUGGAUCAGAUUUUUUGAAUAAAUGAAGUUGAUUUAA